UCCAUAAUUGUUGGUCGGGAUCGAUAACGUGGCACAGAUGUGAAGCACCAGGCGAUGUACACUGCCAGUCACACAGGUAGAUACAGGGGAUGGGAGCAAACUGCUUAUUUGUAGAGAUGCUCUAUUGUAAAACAUACAGGGAUGUAAUAUACCUAUAGAGACAGCUUUGUGAUGUAGCGAUCAGGGAGGAUACCUGGAGGAUACCUGGAGGCCUUGGGCAUUACACACUGUUGCGUUUGAUGUGGGAUUCAUUUUGAAUCGUGGACUGUUGUUCUCUUUAACUUUGUUGGCCGUGGAGGAGAUUUUUGUUUUUACUAACUAAACCUAGGUGACAGCUCUGAGAGUCCAUGUGUAGUUACCCUGUUAGACUGAGCGUCACACAGAUCAGUAACAAGUAUCAGUCUAACAAGCUCGUCCCGCAUUCGUCGGUAACCAUGUGAUGCUCAGCCUGAGAAUGGACGAUAUCGCGGUAUGACGAACAAGACCGGAAGUGUUCACAACGAUGAGGAAAAAAUGCCGGAAGUUAAUACGACUGCAUUGGUGUUUCUGGGAAUUUUUAGCGUUUUGUUUCUAAUGACAUGCAUUCUAUCAGUCGUUAAAGCAGUCAAAGACAGGAAAAAAAUUAAAUCCAGGAUAGAAGCCAAGCGACGACUUCGUUUGGAACAAUCCGCUUACGAAAAUCCUGAAAACGGAGAUAUUCACAAAGGCCUCGAGGAGGAAGAAAGUGUUAAUUUAAACAAGCGUACAAACGACUUAGACGCAACUGCAGUAUCCUCGGACGCCAACAGUCAUUCGCACGUGUUCCGAACACUAUCUGCCGACGAUAUCAUUAUUGUCGAACAAAAGAAGUAUUUUAAUAAUGUGGAACACUGCAGUGUUUCUAAUUCAAAACUAUCGAGUUCCGUACCAGACCUACAGCAUGAGUUUAAGAUAUCGCCCGAAUGUCUAGCAGUCAAAAAACAAAUACGAAGAACUUCCUAUGCAAUUGCAGUAGACAGCCACUCCUGGCUACCGAAGGACCAGCCACGGUUCGCAAAGACCUCUACCAUAAUAAAAACAUACAACCUGCAACCAGGCACAACGAAAUCAUAUGAAAACAGAGCAUUCGAUCCGAACGAUAUACAAUGAAAUGAAGGUCCUGUUUUCUGUUUUGUUAAAACACCAAAAUAUUUUUUUUCUAUAUAUUUAUUCAUUCUCCGAGACAUUUACAUAGACUUUCUGUUUUAAAAGCAUAGCGUUUAAAUGUUUUAUGCUAGUGUUACGGAUGGAAGGUGGCUGGAGGUCAUCUUCUUGUGUCAGCAUUUAUCUCUAUAGAGUCGUACAUGAAAUUGCUAAUCAUAACUUAAUUGAUAUUUCAAAUUUGUUUGAAUGUUAAUUAUGUAAAUACUUUUAUAUAAACCUUUUCUUGACCCGUUAUGAUGUGUUAUAUAUGAUAUGUAUUAACUGAUGACAGUUUGUACUAUAACGUUCUUAUCUGAUGAAUUCGUCUCUCUUGGAUCAUGACGGAUGCCGAAU